AUUGUAAUUUUAAUUAUUUACAUUGGCUAAAGAUUAUUUACAAUUUCAAGUAUAAAUUUAAUGCUUAAUGUUUCGUGCGUAUUAAUUAUUAUUGUUGAUUAGAUUAGAUUUUAUUAGGGAAAUCACAAACACAUUCCAAGUUUAUUUCGAUAUAUAAUAAUUAUAUAUAUUGUGAAGUGAUAAUUAUCUAGAAAGAGCAAAUAGACGUCGCGUGCAUCAGUUUGCAAUGAAUUUUAUGAAAAUCAAAAUAUUUACGAACAAAGAAACUUUUAUCGUUAUAAAUAAAAAUUUGAUAAUUUCGUGGGAAUGAAAAUUUAUUCCUAAAAAUAAUUCCCUAAUCAGUUCAUAAGUGUCAUUUGUAGUAUACAUAUAUCGCCUGGAGAGGUGUAAAUAAAGCAGUUACUAAAUCCAGUGACAAGUGAUAAAUUUUAUUUCCGUUUUUGGAAUGGAACACGAGAAUUUUGUGUAAACAAGAAAAUUGGACAGUCACUUGCAUUUCUUUUUUCCAAAUAAAAGAAGAACAAAAAAUGGAGGACAGAGAUUUUAAUAGUGAAAAAAUGCAGGAAACGAUAAGGGAGACCCAAGCAAAAAAUUGUCAACUCGGAUUAAGCUUACUGCCCGGAUGGUGUCCGCAGACAUGGGAUGAAAUUCUCUGUUGGCCAACAACUGCUCCAAAUGAAUUGGCCGUUCAACCAUGUCCACAUUAUAUCGCAGGUUUCGAUACAAGGGGUAAUGCAACCAGACAAUGUUUAUCAGAUGGUCAAUGGUACCGUACUGCAGAGACAAAUAGUACAUGGACAAAUUAUACUCAAUGUUAUCACACUUCACUUGUUACUGUAUUAAUGGACAUUCCAGACGUUUCGACAGAUAAUGUCACACUAGCGCAAAAAUAUCUACCAAUUGUAAAAGCAAUUUCAAAAGCAGGAUACGCUGUGUCCUUUUCUACCUUAGUUGUCGCAUUUUGCAUCUUGGCAGCUAUCAAACAUAGGAAGCUGAGAUGUCCAAGGAAUAUUCUACACAUUCACCUUUUCGCAUCGUUCAUGGCAAGAGCAUUUAUGGCCCUAUUAAAGGACAUGCUUUUCGUUUCUGGAAUUAGUUUGGCGUCCGAUAUUCUAGUCAAGGAUGGUGAAGAGUAUUUAAAAUCCGAUUUAAUGUCAUGUAAAGUUAUCGUCAGCUUUUGGCAAUAUUUUAUUCUAGCCAAUUAUUCUUGGAUUCUCAUCGAGGGACUCUAUCUUCACAAUCUCGUGUUUCUAGCAUUAUUCACCGACUCGAAUUCCAGUAUCACCGGGUACAUUGCUCUUGGAUGGGGAAUGCCGGCAAUUUUCGUAAUACCUUGGAUUAUUUUACGAGCAGUUUUCGAUGACACUUUGUGUUGGACAACUAAUGAUAAUGAGUAUUUGUUUCUAGUCAUACGAGUGCCUACGAUGCUCUCAAUUUUGAUAAAUUUUGUACUUUUCGUCAAUAUCGUCCGAGUGCUUCUUUCGAAAUUAAAGUCAACAGUUUCCGAAGAAACUCAAAGAUACAAACGAUGGGCAAGAAGUACUCUAGUUUUAGUUCCACUUUUCGGAGUUCAUUAUACCGUAUUUUUGGGCAUGUCAUAUUGCAUAGGUGUCAAUCAAACUGUCGAGCUUGUGUGGCUUUUCUGUGAUCAAUUCUUUGCCUCCUUUCAAGGUUUCUUCGUUGCGGUUUUGUACUGUUUCAUGAAUGGCGAGGUGCGAAUGGAAGUUUCUCGUGUUCUAAGGAGCCGAAAGUGGCCCCGAUUACGCAGCGGCCGAUGGGGUCAAAGACAUUCAACACAUUCCGGAAGUACUUGCAGUUGUAACGCAAGUAAAUUGCGAAAAUCAAGUAAAACGAGAUGGUGGCACAAACCUUGCAGUUGCAUUUUCCGUGAGCACGAUUUUCAUCAUCGUUCAUCUCACUCGAUGGCGAGUACACAAGAUGUUGGACUUGGGACGCGCGGUGGCAGUUUAACAAGUAGUCGGGGUUACAUUGAAGGUGCUGGAAAUGGUCCAUGUUCAGGCGCCGGAAAUUGUGUCCAAAAUGCAAAUCACACAUCGCCAUUGUGCAGCAAAUACACGGACCAGUCGUUGCUCUCAUUCUGCUCAAAUAUGUCGGAAAUGUCGACGAGCGCCGCAAUUUCCGCCCUCGAGAAAGGGGAGAGAAUUCGAGAACAGCACCGCUGGAGUGAUUCGGAAUGUUGUCAACUUGCUUACGAGCUGCAUAGUUUGCAGCAACCACCACAGUCCUGAUUUUUACUUUUAUCACAACACAAAAAGGCGCACUAAAAUUUAAAAAUCUGCUUAACCGUUUAUGAAUGUUGAAAGAUAAACAAAGCUUUUCUUUUUUAUAUGUGACGAAUAUUUAAUAGUAAAUAAUGUAUUUGGUAUUAAAUAAGAUAUGUUUGAUAUUUAAUAUUAUUGUCACGUGGAGAGAACCAUCUCUCCCUCCAAUUAUAAAUAAUCAAACACUGACUGAAUCAAAAGUGAAAUUGAGAUUUAUAAAGCUUUAGUCGUGUCAUCCAGUGAGUGUUCACAAAAAAAAAAAAAAAAAAUAUUUAACGCUAGCAAAAAAACAGAAUUAUAGCUUUCAUUUUCGUUUCUCUUUUUUUUCUUCUUUUUUAUUUUUAAAGGUUUUUACAAUUAAAUGCAUGAACCUUAUCAUUGUACAUAGUAUCAUUUGUUUUCACCGUCAAAAACAAAUUAAUGUAAGACUCAGAACAAAAGAAAAAACGUACCUUGAAAGCUCUCUAUUAUAUGUACUUAUAUGUUACGAUUGUGAAUUGUAAAUGUUUCUUAUACAGCGGUAGCCAAAUUAAGUACGUAUUGUGCAUUGAAAUAAAAAGAAUUUUAUGUCAUCAAA